GUUUUUUAUUAAAUUAAUUCAAUUAGUAGAUAAUCAAAUGUUUUCAGUGAGUUGAUAAAGUGAAAACAAAGAUAAAAUGGAAGAAAGUUCAAGAGCUGAAAAAAUAAUACCACAGGCAACACAAUGGAGUUUCGAAGGAGAUUGUUCGCUACUUGCGUGGAUGCAAGAUCUUUCACAGCAUUUGGAAAAUCGAGCAACAGCCACAACUGAUGCACUGCAGCAGCUUAAUGUGAAUGUCAAUCGCACUGCAAUAGCAUUAGAUAAUGCAGCAAACAGCUUAACAGCCCUCCAAUAUUCACAGUUUGUAGAAAGUCGCUGCCAUGAUGAUGAUGAAACUCAAUCCAAUACAACUGAGGUGCAGCAGGAAGCGUGCGCUAUGUCCAGUGAUGAAGUAAAAUCGCCUAAAAAAGUUUUAGAAACUUUCCUCAAAAAUAAUCUCGAAAUGUUGCACAAUUGUCAUGAGAAGUAUGCGCUUGACUUUGAGGAUUCGGAUGAAGAUGAAGCUGCCACUAAUAUUAACUGCAUUUAUCAACCCAAAAACCCAUAUAACGAUGCGUUGUUGCCGCAUAUUUAUGGUAGUAAAUUAUGGAAAGAACACUGGCAUGUUGGCCUAUGUGAUGGCACUAACGAAUACUCAGGAGAUGAAGCAUCUGAUGCAUUCUCUCAAACCUCCAGCUCUUCAGCAGCCGACAAUGAAUCAUACGAAAGUAAUACCGCAAAUCUCUCCGAAUGGGCAUCAAGUACGUCUAUACCCAUUGAACAUAAGCAUCCUUCUCUGAUGACCGCUCCAAGAGAGCCCACAUUAGCUGCUUCAGUUACUACUGCUGCAGCUGCGCGCGUUAAGCGUCUACCGAAUAACCAGCGCUUUCCAAACAAUGAUGACAGCGAUACUUGCUCUACAACAUCUCAUAGCACCACAACGAAUCCAACGCAUACAAGAGUGCGUGAGCCAGAUUUAUUUGCUGCCAUACGACAUGCCACGCCAAAUACGAGUACGUCGGCUUCGUCAUCACCCCAACAACCAGUUGCACCCCCAGUGCAACGCGAAAACAAUAUUGUGCCACCAUAUCUUGAUGCCACGCCACCUGUGGACAUAUUUGCUGAUCCGCCACCACCACAACAGUCCAUUAUCAGCAGAGCUGAAAAUAAAUCAGUCCAACAAAAACCAGCAAACAGUCAAAUUAAAAGAAAAUCUGUCAAUUUAUUCGAUGAUGAUGAUUUCAAUUCAUUUAUGACGGAAGUUGUAGACAAAGCGCAAACAAAAACUGCACAUCAGCAACCUCAGCAGGUGCCAGAGCCAGCAAGUAGAACCUUUUCGCCUACAAAAACCAACAUUACUAGGUCGACUGAGACUCCAGUUAUCACACCGAAAACAGUCGACUUAUUUGCUGAACCGUUGUUUAGUAAACCAGAAGCAGAAGUAUUUCCGAAAACAGCACCAGUAGAAAUUGAAAAAUCAUUAGAGAUUAAACAACGAAAGCCGGUAAAUCUAUUCGAAAGUCCCGAGAGCAGUCCGCCCAACCAUUCCCUCUUCUCCGGUAACAAAGAUAAUAAUAUCAAAACCAAAGACAUUGUUACGCCUAUAGUAAAACCAGGUAUAACUGCUAAAUCGCUCUUUGAUGACGAUGAUGAAGAUGAUGAUGACUUCUUAAAUGCAUUUGGCUCCAAAAAAUUAAAUUUACCACCACAAAGCACAGGUAAAACUUUACUUUUCGACGAUGCUGAUACUGAAGUUGAGCCAAGUCAGCUUACUAAAUCUAACUUGCGCACGUCAAGCAAUCUAUUUGACGAUACACCACCUGAAGAUGAUUUUCUUCAAAACGCUGAGGAAAUCAAAAAUAAAACAAUCGAUAUUAUAACAACUAAAGCAAGUGUCAGUGACUCCAUAAAUGAAAAGAAAUUAACAGCGUCUGGUACAAAGAAUAUAAAUGAAAAAGUUGGCGCUAAAAUUACAACCUCAACCAAGACGAACCAAGAAAACCAGUUGACACAAGUGCCUGCAGUUACGUCGACCGCCCACAAAGUCUUCAGCUCUGAUCUUUUUGGAGAUGAUGAUAGUGAUGAUUUGGAUGAUAUUUUCAAGAAACCAACAACAAAAGCUGCAACAAUCAAACCCAUUACUGAUCAACCGAGUAAAGUUGCCAAUGAGAAGUUGAAAGUAACUAGUGCUAAAGACAUUCCACCACCUCUGUUUGGGAAUGAUUUUGUAGAUGAUGAUAAUGACUUAUUCGGAACGAAAAUUAAAGACCAGUCAAAACCAGCAAAUUUAAACUCUCAGAACGCUAAUAAACCUGCAAGGAGUAUCACAUCAAUUUUCGGCGAUGAUUUUGAUGAUGAGACUGAUGAUUUAUUUGCUGUAAGGCCGAACUAUAAGACAACAAAAGGUAGUACAGAUAAGUCUACAGCCUCCGCUGUUGCAAAGGAGAGCAUACAAAAUUUGAGAGAGCAAAAAAAUGUUGAGAAAACUGUUGAGCAGACUAUUGAAACUGAAAUCCCUAAGCCUCAAACUAAUGUGAGCAAAAUCAAGCCUCUCUUCGAGGAGGAAAACUUCGAAAAUGAGACAAAUAAUAUGUUUGGUUCGGCAAAUAAAGAAACCUUACCAACCACAGAGAGCUCGAUUAAUAAAGAAUCAACAAAUGGUUUUGAGACAGGCGCAGAAGAAGCUGCGGUCUUUGAGAAGCCAGAAGACCAUUUAUUGAAUAAAACAUCAGAAGAUGCACUCUUUGGUGAUAAAGAUAAAGAAAUUAUCAACGCUUCAAGGCCUACAAAAGACGUCACAAAAGAGCAAGUUGUCGCCAAUGAGAUGAAUACAACGCCACACAAAGCUUUAACGGAAGAUGCUACAAAAACAGUUCAAAACGCCACACCAAACAAAGUUGAAGAAAUCAAUGUUGGCGCGUCAAAUAUAGUAGAUCAAUCGGAUAUUCCAAAAAAAGCGACCGCAGAGCUACCUGAAAAUACCCCACAAGCCACGCCGGAAUCAAUUGACUCAUCUGUCGCUGAUAUAGAUGUGCCUGUGGCGUCAGAAAAGCUUUUCGAGUUGAACAAUCAAAAAUAUGCGGGCAUAUUUCUCGAUGAGCCGCCUGAUGAUGAUGACUUUUUCACAACACUCGCCAGCAAUCCCAAACCACUAUCAGCCUCGAAGUUAACGCUCGAUUUGGAAAAUGAUUUUUAUGAACCCACCUUACCUGAUUUACCGAAUCUCGCAAAAACAACCACAACCGGAACAACAACAAAUACGCAAAGUGUUGUCGGUAACAACAAAACGGAGGCAGGCACAAGCGAUUAUGGAGGUCUACGUUUAUUUAGCGAAAUCCCACCAGACGACUUUGAUGAUGAUAUUGAUUUUAGCUUUGCUCCACCACCCAAACAGCCAACAACGGUUGCUGGUGGCGUCAAUCAACGCCUGCAUAGUGUUUUCUAUGAUGAUUUCUCCGAAACGUUGGAGGCGGUGCAACAGUUAAAAGAUAAUAAUAAAAUAGCAUCAGCGCAUGCGCUAUUCGAUGAUGAGCCGCCACCGGAUGACAAGCUGUUUGAAGGUAUUUCGAAAGCGACAACACCGGGAGAGCCGGUAGCUGGAAAGCAUACUAGUGAGAGUGAAGACGGAAAACAAAAUGUCGACUCAAAAGACGUGACUGAUCGUUCAAUUCAAAAGACAGCAGAUAUCGAUGAGUCGCUGCGCAUAUCAGAAAAACCACGCAGCACUGCUGGCAAAUUGCAAUUGCCCAAUAUUAAAAUUAAUGUGCAAGCGCUGCUGCCGGGCGGUGGUAGUAGACCGAGCUUCAAAAAAUCACCAAGUGCUCCUGAUAGCGGCCUGGAUACACAUACGCCAAGCGAAAUAUCAGUUCCACAAACAUCAACAAAUACUGCCUUAUCAGCGGAUAUAAAUAAAACAAUUUCGAGCGCCUCCUUCAAAUCGACAUCUACAGCCACUAAAUCUUCAAAUGAGAAUCUAUUGCCCAGCAUUUGUAAAACACGCGUACGUGCGCCAAUUGGCCGACGACCAUCUACAAGGCGAGCGCGUCAAGAGAACUAUCGGCAGUCGCUUAUCGCCGAGCAAGCAGAGAACAAAGUCGAAGAGGAAGUGCCGUCUACUAGUGGUCUCGGCCGGAUGGUAAAAGAACCAAUUGCCCCUGCGAAACCGCCACAAAAAGAUGUAAACGAAAACAAUCCCAUGCAACCAGCAAUAAGCAACUUAUCGCUACCAACUGCCUUAAAGCCAACCAACGAAGGUGAUAUUAAUGCCCUCCAUCAAGCAGAUUUAUUCACAGAUGAAGAUGAAGAGGAGGAUGAUUAUGAUAAACUCUUUACCGCCGCACGUAUACGCAAUAUGCAAGCGAACAAUGUGCCAGAGCAAACUCAAUAUAUAAGGACAAACCCAUACGCGGCAACAAAUCAAAACGUUAACAUUGUGCGACGAACACCCAACACGCAAGCCGUUUCGGACAAGAAAUUGUCAGCAUUCAAAAGAGAUAACGCAUUAAUGGCUGAUCAGGACGAGGAAGAUGACCUAUUUAAAGGCCUGAGUGUCGCAAGCAGCAGCAGUGUUUCACGAAAGCAAUCGAAUAACGGUGAAGCAGCAACAACAAAGUCACAAACUAUCCCCUCGUCAAAAUCAAUUUUCGGCACACCCACAAGUGAAGACUCUGAUGAUGAUCUCUUUAAAAGUAGUAAAUUAAAGCCAGUCAUCACGAAAGCAGCAACAAAACCAACACAGUCUUUGCAACAAUCGGCUAGUGUGCGUGAGACACAAAAGGUAACAACAACAGGAGCAAUCAAAAAAUUAGACUCCAUUUUUGGCAGCGAUGACGAAGAUGAUGAUGAUUUUUUGUCAAACCUUAAGCCCAAAAAGUAUACAACAACAGCCACUAGCGCAGCUGAUAAACCAAAGUCGAGCACCAGCGGCGGUGGUCUGUUUAGUGAUAUUGAAAGUGAUGAAGAUGAUCUGUUUGGUGGCAAGAGUAAGCCGAAACAGACCUCGGAUAAACCAAAAGCUACCACCACAACAAAAGCACCCACAAAGAGCUCGAAUUUAAAGCCAAAAACAAUAAUAAAACAGCCACUGAAUAAUGAGGCAACUUUGGCUGAUAAUCCUUUGGCAGAUUUGUUGGAUCCAUAGCAAGCGGCUCUCUACUAAUUGAAAAAAAAAAUACAAUGGCAACAAAAGUGCAUUAAAAAAUCGUAAAAAGUAUUGUUUUAACA